CCCGCUUACAUUCCUUUCCCCAAACUCGCACUUUCAUCGGGAUGUCUUUGAAGGUCCCAAAAGCGCAAAACCUCCAGCUCUUCAAGGAUGGCUACAAGCAUCUGCAAGGCCUCGAAGAUGCCGUCUUGCGCAACAUCCAGGCCGUCGCGGAGCUCUCGGACCUCGUGCGGACGAGCUUCGGUCCCAACGGCAGGAAUAAGCUGGUGAUCAACCACAUUGGCAAGCUCUUCGUGACCUCCGAUGCGGCGACGAUCAUCCGCGAGAUCGAGGUCGUGCACCCCGCGGCGAAGCUGCUCGUGAUGGCGUCCCAGGCGCAGGAGUCCGAGAUGGGAGACUCGACGAACACUGUUAUGAUCCUGGCGGGAGAGAUGCUCAAGAAGGCGGAACACUUGUUGAUUAUGGGUCUGCACCCUAGCGAGAUCAUCAAGGGGUACGAGCUUGCGAGCGCAAAAGCCCUGGCAGAACUCGAGACUCUGUCAACAUCAUCCCUUCCCUCCCCGCCCACCAAGGCCGCACUUGCCGCCGCGCUGAAGCCCGCGAUCGCAUCGAAGCAGUACGGAUAUGAGGACCAGCUUGCGGGCCUUGUUGCAGAGGCAGCACUCACCGUCAUGCCCUCAAACCCCAAGAACUUCAACGUCGAUAACGUGCGCGUCGUAAAAAUCAUGGGCGGAAGCCUCUCCGGCAGCGCGGUCGUCCGUGGAAUGGUAUUCGGCAGGGAACCCGAAGGUGUCGUCAAGCAGAUCAAGAAGGGCAAGGUCGCUGUCUUCACCUGCCCCCUGGACACUGCGCAAACGGAGACCAAGGGAACCGUGCUGAUCAAGAGCGCGGAUGAGAUGCUCAACUUUACGAGCGGCGAGGAGAAGCAUCUCGAAAAGAUCUUCCAAGAGAUCGCAGACUCUGGCGUGAAGGUCAUCAUCGCGGGCACGUCGGUCGGCGAGCUCGCGAUGCACUACCUGAACCGGAUGGGCAUCGCCGUCGUAAAGGUGCUCUCCAAGUUCGACCUCCGCCGCCUCUGCCGCGUCGUAAACGCGACCCCGCUCGCGCGCGUCGGCGCCCCCACCCCCGAGGAGGCCGGGUUCGUCGACGUGUUCGAGACCAUUGAGAUCGGCGGCGACCGCGUCACCGUGCUCCGGCAGGUCGUCGAGGGCGACGAGGACUACGAGCCGGCUGCGGCGGGCGACUUCCGCGGGGAGCGCACGCGCACGGCGACGAUCGUGCUGCGCGGCGCGACGCAGAACCGGCUGGACGACCUCGAGCGUGCGGUCGACGACGGUGUGAACGUGAUCAAGGCGCUGCUCAAGGACGCGCGGCUCGUGCCGGGCGCAGGAGCGACGGAGAUCGAGCUCUCAAGGCGUGUAGACGCGUACGGCAGCGGGCUGAAGGGCCUCGCGCAACACGGCGUGCGGAGGUGGGCGCAGGCGCUGGAAGCGAUCCCGCGCACGCUCGCGGAGAACGCACUUGGCGGCGCGGAGGGCAAUGAGGUCGUCAGCCGACUGUGGGCGAAGCACGAGAACGCCGGCGGAGAGGCGUGGGGUGUUGACGUUGAGGCGGAGACAGAUGGGACGCUCUCAUCAGUCGAGCACGAAAUCUUGGACUCGCUCGCCGCGAAGCAGUGGGCGAUCAAACUCGCGACGGAGGCGGCGACGUCGGUGCUCUCCGUGGAUAGCAUCAUCAUGAGCAGGCCUGCAGGAGGCCCGAAGGUGCCCCAACAAGCGGGUAACUGGGACGAGGACUAGUGGUAUGAGUACGUGUGAGCCGGGGAGGCUAGGGUACGACCGAAGUAUAGACGAGUAAUACACUUGUACAAUGCCAGUUUUUUCUGCUUGC